GACUCUCAGUAACUUUGCCUACUGCUCUCUGGUGACUUUGUCAGACAGGGAUUGCCCAUAACUAUGUAGCUGUAAUUAUUCACUAAUACUAAUGAAUAUUUAGAAGUGUGUGUGUGAUUGUAUUUUUCAGCAUAAAUGAUUUUUAAUGUUAGGCCAUCACAUUUAACAUAAGAUCUGUAAAUAUUGCAAAUUAAAGAUUACAAAAGGCAUUUUUGAUGCUUUAUGAGUGUUUUGAGAUAUGCUACAGUUACCAUAUUUUGAAAAGGUAAUGAUCUGUGGUUUCUUGAAAUGAAGAUUCUUCAAGGUAAUGAGUAUUAUUUGAAUGAAAAUCAAACCAACAAAAAUAUAGUUCAUCUUGAAAGCCUCAGGACAAAUUAAGAAAAAUGUUUGUUUUCAACUUGUCAUCAAAUACCAAGACUACAAGAUGAUUAUCAAAACUAACCACUUGGAUUAUUUUCCUUAAUUUUAGGAGUCAUCCUGAUGUACAUAAAUUCAGUGUGGAGACAGUCCAAUGGUAUCCUCAUGACACUGGCAUGUUUACAUCCAGCUCAUUUGAUAAAACCUUGAAAAUAUGGGAUACAAAUACUUUACAAUUGGUACCAAAAGCCCCAAAGUACAGCUCUGUGACUUGAAGUCUGGAUCCAGUUCUCACAUUCUGCAGGGUCACAGACAAGAAGUACUGGCAGUGUCUUGGUCCCCACGUCAUGAAUAUAUUUUGGCAACGGGAAGUGCUGAUGGUAGAGUAAAAUUAUGGGAUGUGAGGAGAGCUUCUGGGUGUCUGAGUACACUUGAUCAACACAAUGGGGAAAAGUCCAAAGCAUCUUCUGAGGCAGCAAAUACUGCUCACAAUGGGAGAGUUAAUGGUUUAUGCUAUACAAAUGAUGGACUUCAUCUGCUAACCAUUGGUACAGAUGAUCGGAUGCGACUCUGGAACAGCUCCACUGGAGAAAAUACCUUAGUGAACUAUGGGAAAGUCUGUAAUGAAAGCAGGAAAGGACUCAAAUUUGCCAUCUCUUGUGGCUGUAAUCCAGAGUUUGCCUUUGUUCCAUAUGGAAGUACCAUUGCUGUUUAUGCGGUUUUCACAGGAGAACUGAUAACUAUGCUUAGAGGACAUUAUAGUACUGUCAACUGCUGUGUAUUUCAACCUCAUUUUCAGGAACUUUAUAGUGGCAGCAAAGACUGCAAUAUCCUUGCAUGGAUACCAGCUCCACGAGAGCCCAUUCCUGAUGAUAUUUCUGAAAAGUCUCUGCCUCAACAACAUUUAAAUCCAGCAUAUGAAGAUGCAUGGAGCAGCAGUGAUGAUGAAGGCUGAAUUUAAAUUAUGAGCUGAUAUAAAAUUGCCAUUCAGGCACUGCAUUCACAGACUUUAUCUACAGAAUUUAACAUUGUUGGAUUUAUCACAACUGGAUUUUAGGUACAGUUCUGUUAGAGCAAGAUCUUUCAGAAAUAAGUUUCCACUAUUCUCUGUGUUUAUUUGUCACUGUAAAGUUAAAUCCAAAGGAUUACUUUUUCAUACUUGAUGACUUUUGUACUUACACAUUUGUAUACUUUAUUCAGUGUUGAACAGCAGAUAAAGAAAAAAUAAAAGCAAGCCCUUGGAACCAGUCAAAAUUACAUUGUUUCUG